CAUCAAUCACUUCACAGCCUCACCAAUUCUAGCAAACAGAUAAUCGACUCUUAUCUAUCUAUCUAUCCAUCUAUAUUGUCUCGUUAGAUCGAACCCAGCCCAGAAUUUACAUAUAUAAUCAAUGGCAGAGAAGCCUCAGGUCCAUCCAGAGCUUCCUCAGUCCGAUCUUCCCAGGGCCAAGCAUGACGCAGAGGCUGCCGUGGCUCUGCCCGACGACGAGCUCCGCCGCCAGAAGCGGAUGAAGUGGCUGCUCUAUAUAGUAGCCUUCGUCAUCUUCCAAACCGGCAUCAUAGUUCUCUUCUCCAUGACGGUGAUGAAGUUCAGAACGCCGAAGUUUCGGGUCCGAGAGGCCACUUUCGGCGCUUUCGAGGUUCAAACAUCCAACGCUUCGUUUAAUCUGAGAAUGAACGCUCAGCUUGGGGUGAAGAACAACAACUUUGGUCCCUACAAGUUCGACAACACCGCCAUCUUCUUCUACUACAACGGUACCCAAGUCGGCAGAGGCGCCGUCAGCAAGUCCAAGGCCAAUUUCCGAUCUACCAAGAAGCUGGACGUUGCGGUGGACUUGGUUGCGCCGGCGAGUCUGGCAGGCAAUUCAGAAUUGGAGAGGGAGUUAAGUUCUGGGAUUCUACCAUUAACGAGCGCGUCUAAGCUGGAUGGGAAGGUGACCAUAAUGUUCAUGCUUAAAAAGAAGAAAUCUGCCGAAAUGAAUUGCAACAUGGAAGUUAACACCAUCACCAAGCAGCUACAGAAUGUGAAAUGCAGAUAAUUAAUGAAGUGUUUUAGACUAUAUAUGUAGAAUAGAUAUCUUUUAAUCAUGAUAAUGCUUAAACAUUCUUUCAUUUGUUUUCCUUUUUAA